ACUCACUCACUCACUUUCAGCGCUAAUGAUAUGAUUGAUCCACAAACACUCCUUGGUCUCCAUUCCAUAGGUCAGAUCUCAGACCGGAAGACCUCACACCAUUUCCUAUCCACACCCGCAUCUGUCCCUCCCUCCCUGCCUCCGUCCUUAUUUAUCUGCCCUUGAAGAAGGCCUCUUCCCUCUCCUCCUCUCGCCGCCUCUGCUCAUCCCCCAGAUAUCGAGACAGGUCUUGCACCAUCCAACACUCAACGCGUGAUGCCGCUGAUGCUGACGCCCUCCCAGACGGACCCCCCUUGCCCCUCUUGCGUAAGGGCGAGGUCUCGCCAGACACCUCGGGCAGCACAAAGGUGUCCAGCACCAGGAGGACCGCCUCACACACGUCGGGGAAGGCCGCCACUGGGCCGAACAGGGCCUGCGCACGGCUCAUGUCAGACGCGCACAGAGACAGCAUCUCGAGGCACACCUGAAACACACACACACACACACACACAUGCAUUAGAGGGCUGGCUGACGUUGGGUGGAGGGAUGCAUGGGUUUUGUCGUGGGUGGCCUGGCUUACGUGUUUGAGGAAGAGUCCAGCGUUGCCAGUGAGUGCGUUGCCCUCGGUGCCUUGCAGGUCGAGAAACCGGAGCAGCUUCAGAGGCAGCAGCUCCUCGUGGACCUGCACACAGAUCGACAGACACGUGUGUAUCAGUAUGGGAAAGGUAAGCUAAGCGGGUGGUUGGCUUACGAGUGUUGCCAACAUCUGUGCGAAGUUGAGUGUCUUGCGGACGGCGAAGGACGGCACAAGGGACAGCUGAGAUGACACACCCUGCAGUUUACCAACACGCACCACACCAUCAUCACAUCAACACACACGUGGCUGCAGGUACCAGGUUGCUCUGUGUGUGGCGGACGGCCGUACCUACCUUAGUGAGUGCCCUUUGGUAGUGUUUGGCGAUAGGUCCUGGCAGCCCACAGCAGUGCUGCAGCACCCUGGUGUAGAAGAGGUUGAACGACUUCUCGUGCAGACAGCAAUGCAGCACCACCGCCACCACAUACUCAUACUGCCCCCGACAGACACACCACACACAUCCAUCCAUCCAUCCAUUUAUCCAUACCGUCUUCUGUACCCACCUGCUGUUGCUUCUUCUUUUGUGCCGUCUGGUUCUGUCUGUGGUAGGCCAGCACGACGUCCUGCAGCCGCUGGCAGGCAUGGACGGGGUCCUCGCUGCCCAUCAGCGCCACGAAGAGCCCCUUCUGCAGGUCGCUCCGCAGACGAUGGCUCGCCGCAACCUCCAUCAAAGCUGCCGUGCCGCCGUCACCCUCGCCGUCGUCACCCUUCCUCUUGGAUGGGCGGCUGGAAGAAGAGGCUGCACCUGUUGCUGUGGUUGGGGUGCUGUGUGCGUUGUGUUGGUGCAGUGGGAGGGCGAACAGGGAUGGCGGGUUGGAGGGGUCCAGCGGUGGUAGAGGGAUGGUGAUGAGGUAGUCGUCGAACCGCACAGAGGAGAACAGCUUGCUCGUCUUGAACCAAUUCCUGAACACACGCACUCACACACGCACACACACGCGGAGGGAAGUGAAAUGUGGCCGUGUGCUGUGCUGUACGUGUCUUCGUGUGGUUUGAUUGCCUCACGCACCGCCCCGCACCUGAGUGGAGUGGUGAUCUUGACAGCCACGGUGAACUUGGAUGUGGCCCUGGCUGUCUUAAGGGCCGCCAGCUCGGCCAGCAGAAACCCCAACCGACCCUUACCCUCACUCUCCGCCUUCCCCUCAUCCAUCGCAGCAGGUGGGGCUGCAGCAGCUGCCGCCCCAUGCCGCUUGGUGGCUGUCCGCUGCUUGAGUUUGGCCUUGAGCUGCUCCGACCACGACAAAGGGGCGUCACCCCUGCCGUCAGAGCCCAAGUGUGUUUCGACGAGCCCCUUGAUGUGGGUUAUAAGGGCCUUGAAAUCCCCACCGUGAUCGGACCGGAAACGACCACCUGCAGAGAGGGAAGAGGCAAGCAAUGAUUGCAAUGGAGGAGGAGUAAGUUGUGGCGCUGCGCUUCAGGUGACUGACGUGUGUGUGUGUGUGUGUGGUACUCACUGGUAAAUCUGAAGACGGUGAGUAGGAGAUCGACGUAGAAGUCGGUGUCCCAGAAGUGGGGGAGGGCAGCCAGCCCACUGAAACGAACGGCACACACGUCACGCGGCAGGCACGUUUGGGUUGUGAGCCUCAUGAGCUUGAUUGUCUGUCUGUCUGUCUGUCUUGGCCUGUCUGCCUUACUGGACGAGGUGUUGAAUGAUGGCCGGGUCCAGCACACCCAAGUCAAACAGCAGACACAACGCCACCAGACUGUGCCUGCGCACACCACACCACACCACACCCAGGCCAGGAAGACACCAACAAGACAGACAAGACAAAUGGCCUGCCUGCCUGCGCCUUCGCAUCUGUCUCUCCUUUGUCACUCACUGACUUGCAUCGCUGCUUGGCGACUUCGAUGUCCACCUGCCCCUCGUCAGGGUGCUCAUCUUCACACUCAUGCAUCCCGCUAUCGCCAUUUCCGCCCCGUCGCAUCCCCGCUGAUGACGAUCCAUGCCGCCUCUUGCGCUUGCGGCCGUCAGCCGCAACCAUCGACACAUCGUCCCCUCCCGCACCACCACCACAAGACGGCAGGCUCUUCUGGAAAGACCUCAGGUACUUCUGGAAACUCGUCAUCAAGUGGAAGAAGAAUCUAAAACCAACCUGGUUGACAUCACACACACAGACACACGCGCCACAGUCAGUAUACAUCGCGGCGAGAGGAGAGCAUCUGCCUCUGUGCGUGCGUAGGUCGUGUGUGUGUGUGGUGGGGUGCUCUGCUCACUGACUUCAGUGUGCAGAGUGACGUGCAGUGCAGUAAUGAGAGCCGUCUGCACCCCCAGCAGGUAGAGCGUUGUGAACCGAUGGAAGAGGCAGCUCUUGAGUAUCUCAUCCACCAGCACGGGGAUGAUGACGGCGAGCCCCUCGGCCUCCCUCUCGUCCCGCAUUGGCUCCAAGAGCCGCAGCAGCUGCACUGUGAUGGGCUCCAGGUUUCCCUCCGACACACGGUUGACCAGACCCACCACCUUGGUACGCACACGGCCCACAGUGUCCUCGCCCUUCCCCUGCACCGACCGCAAGUGCGGCGGCACGUACUUGCUGCUGUUGCCGGGGGCAGACGGCUCGGCCUCUUGCUGCUGCUCUUCCUCUGCUGACGAAUCACUCGCCUCGCCCUCGCCUGACUCAUCGUCCUCCGCUUGCACAGGGACUGCUCUUGGCCUUGGGUGCUCGUUGCUGACUUUGGUGGCGAGGAUUUGGUCGGCGAUGUCGAAGCACUCCUCGAGGCCCUCGUCGGCGAGUGUCUGGUGCAUCUUGCGCUCCGCCUUGACGCGGCUCUUGUCUGUGGCAGAUGCGCCUAAGCCCAACUUAGCCUCCAGAUAAGCCAUCUCGGUGAGGUCAGGAUCAUCAUCGCCGCUGUACGCCGCCUCUUCGUGAUCAUUCUCCCCCUCGUCCUCUUCCUCGUCGAUAACAUCAUCUGACGCAAUGUCGUCUUCACAGUCUUCAGGCUCAUGCUUGCUCUCAUCUUCCUUCACCGCAGCAUGGUUCCGUGCGGCGCUCUUGUGCUGCCGGUGUGACUCAUAGUGCUGCUGUUUCUUCUGCUUGGCCUCCUGACGCUGCUGCUUCCGGAGUGCCUUGCGCCCGAGGGGAGCCCUGGCGCGUCGCUUGGCUGAGGGCCGCUCGCGGAGGGUGCGGAACAGCACUGAUGUGGCUGAUGGAGGGCCCCUUGACGUGCCUCUCUGGUCGGACUGAUGGUUGGUCUUGCUGUGUCGGCCUUUCAUCUGUCCCUUCAUUCAACAGGGGAAGAACCUCUUUAUC